AUGCGUGGACUUUUACGUGGUACUUUAUACUGUGCAUUAUGGUAUGGCAGCAUAGUGGCUGGUUUUUUAUUUAUUGCUUGCCCUAUGUUACCACUGUUAUUCUUUAGUCCUCCAAAGUUUCGAAAAUGCGGUGAUCUUUUACUUUCUUGUUGGGAACUUUAUUCCGCAGCUCUUUUAAAAGUAUUUGGUGUAAAAAUUUUUGUAUCAGGAGAUCAUAUAUCUCCAAAUGAAUCUGCUGUUCUUGUAAUGAAUCAUAGAACACGAGUAGAUUGGAAUUUUUUAUGGGCUGCUAUGUAUCAGGCAUGUUUACCCAAUGUAGCAACUCAUAGAUUAAAAUUUGUUUUAAAGGAUCCUAUACGACAUAUUCCUGGACCAGGGUGGAUAAUGCAAAUGAAUGGUUUCCUUUAUAUAACUCGUCGCUGGGAAGAAGAUCAAAGCCGAUUGUCACGAACGCUAGAUUAUUUAGUAGCUCUUGAUAGGCGUUCUCAAUUACUUAUAUUUCCUGAGGGUACUGAUCUGACAAAAAGUAGCAAGGAAAAAUCAGACAAAUAUGCCUCAAAGCAUGUUCUACCACAGUAUUCUUUUACUCUUCAUCCAAAGACAACAGGUUUUAGUUAUUUAGUUCGGCAUCUUCAACAAGCAAGUUAUCUCGAUGCUGUUUAUGACUUAACGAUUGCUUAUCCUGAUUAUAUUCCACAAUCUGAGUUAGAUUUAUUCAAAGGGAAAUUACCGAAUGAAGUACAUUUCCACAUUAAGCGAAUACCAUCGUCGGAUAUGCCUAAACACGAUUUGACAUUAAGACGGUGGUUAGAAGAAAGAUGGUUUAACAAAGAAGAAGUCUUAAAACAAUUUUAUCAGAAAAAAACUUUCUCUACUGAAGUUUGGCCAUUGACAAGACUGUGUCCUUUACAAAUUGCAUUUGGUUUUUGGAGCAUUUUAACAGGUGCUGCAGCGCUUUUACUUAUUAUUUCACCAUUAUUCCAAUUAUGGGCAUUGAUACAUUCAAUGUUUUUCGUUGCUCUAUCAUUUUUCACUACUGGUUUCAAUCAACUUGAAAUGGGAUGGUAUUGGCGUUGGAAAACGCAUUUUCUUAAAAGAAAAUGUAGUUAA